CACACAUGCGCAGUGUCUGAUCCGUGCUGCUGGGUGCGCCAUAUUGGCUGUCUGUACAUGGGGAGUGGAGUUGUUGGAACAAGCCGCUUGCAGAAAAAAAAAACCAAAAGCCAGUAUCUGGACAUGAAGCAUUUCGGGUGAUAACAAGUAAAUUACCGCGAUAGAAAAUUUAUUUGUUUCCGUGCGUGCAAAGUGUUUAAAUUCUGCAGCAUUUGCUCUCCGUUAUUAUCCCCCACCGCACACCGUGAAGCUUCUUCUCUCGACUCCACUCGACUAGUCCCAAUGGAUCCCAGCAGGACCGUGUGGAUCCAGCAGCAGCAGCAGCAGCAGCAGCAGCAGCAGCAGAAGGGACCUGCCACUUCUCCCUUGUGGAUGCACUUCUGGGAAACCCAUCAGGGAUUUGACAACCACCUCCACCUCUAUCACCAGCGCAACUUUGCAGCGCAGAAAAAUGCAAACUCCACCGCGGAGUCGAACCACGGCGAGUACUGCGAGAACGUCACGCCGCCGCCGGGCUGUGUGUUCGGGGAGCUGCCGAAGCGAGACGUCGGAGGCGGCUUAGAGAGGGUGAAUGUCCGGAGGAAGGGCUCCUUGUCACCGUCCUCCUCCUCGCUGGACUCGGAGGCCUCGGAGAGCUCCUCGCCUUCCGGCUCAUCUCUGCAAAUCGAUAAUUUGAACGUCGCAGAAGAAGAGGCCGAGCGGUUUUUACACUACUACGGUGAACACGAGUUAAACGAGAACAACCUCAGACGGCAUCCUCCUCUUCCUCCUCUUCCUCCUCUGCCUCCUCCGCCGUUUCACGCUGUUCAGCAGCAACACUGUCGCAGCAUGCAACAAUCUGACGGCCACACCCCCACUGGGAUGAAAAAUAAUCAGCAUGGGAGCAAGCACCAGCAGCACCUCCACCACCUCCACCACUACCAGUCACAGUCAGCCCGCAGCAGGAGGCAUCUGAACAGAGCCAACACUUUCCACGGCAUCAACCCGCUGCUGUCCUACAGUGGACACCUUGUAGACUCUUCAUCAUGUAGCCUGUGGAAGACCAGGAGGUACAGCCCGGGGAUCAAUGGUCUUCAUGAAGAAAUCAUGGAUUUUUUCAACUUCAUGUCGCCGCGACCAGAGGAGGAGGCCAUGAGGAGAGAUGUUGUGAACAGAAUAGAAAGUGUCAUCAAGGACUUGUGGCCCACAGCACGGGUGGAGAUAUUUGGCAGCUUCAGCACAGGACUUUAUCUUCCAACGAGUGACAUUGACCUGGUAGUGUUUGGAAAGUGGGACCAUCCACCACUGCAGGAACUGGAACAAGCCCUGAAGAAACACAAUGUGGCUGGCCCAUAUCCCAUCAAGGUCCUCGACAAAGCUACAGUGCCAAUUAUCAAGCUUACUGACCAUGAAACGGAGGUGAAAGUGGACAUCAGCUUCAACGUAGAGACUGCUGUUAAAGCGGCACAGUUCAUCAAAAGCUAUCUUAAGAAGUACACUGUCUUGCCGCCGUUGAUCUUCGUCCUGAAGCAGUUCUUACUGCAGAGAGAUCUGAAUGAAGUCUUCACCGGAGGCAUCAGCUCUUACAGCCUAAUACUAAUGGCUAUCAGCUUCCUGCAGUUACACCCUCGAAUCGACACGCGACGCGCCAACAUCAACCUGGGCAUCCUGCUGAUCGAGUUCUUCGAGCUGUACGGCCGCGAUUUCAACUACAUGAAGACCGGCGUCCGGGUGAAGAAUGGAGGGGCUUACAUGUCCAAGGAGGAGAUGCUCAAAGCCAUGGGGAGUGAAAACAGGCCGUCCAUGCUCUGCAUAGAGGACCCAAUACAGCCAGGAAACGACGUGGGCAGGAGUUCGUACGGCGUCCUUCAAGUCAAGCAGGUGUUUGACUUUGCCUACAUGGUGCUGAGUCACGGAGUGUCGACUCUUGCACGCGCUUACCCCAACAAAGAGUACGACAGUACUUUAGGACGCAUCAUCAAAGUCAGCCCAGAGGUGUUGGCCUACAGGGAAUGGACGAUUAAGAAGUGGGGAGCCAAGCAGUACCCCAAGUUAGAGAACCAUGAUGUGGAGACCUGUGAGCGGGACCUCGCCACGCUGAUGCUGGUUUCUGUGGAGGAUCAGAGAGACACUUCCUCCCCCCUCAGCGCUGACUCCCCCUCACCUUCUCCAGUCUUCCUCCCCAGCCCUCAACACCACUCCUCAUCGUCCUCUGCGUGCUCACUCUCCUCCUCGUCCGGAAGUGACAUAGAGUCCGAUUCUCCCCCGAGCAGUAACACGACUAUCCAACUGCACCCCAUUACCCUGGCUUCAGUCCAUUCAGUAAUCCAGAUGGCUACUGACCUGAGGGCCGCACAUCCAGCAGGCUUUAUCCACACUACACCUCAGGUCCAGAUGUCGCUCCCAGAAAACCUAACCAUCCCCUCGCUCGCUGAUUGCCGGUUCUACCACGAGAAUCCGCCUUCGAUCAGCGUCAUGCACCGCCACAUGACGCAAGCCGCGCACAUCUCCCAGCACGCCAACUCCACGAGCCCUCUCCCCAGCCCGCUCCACCAGCUCCAGCAUCCUCACAUGGGAGGAGGGCCUCAUGGCCACGCUUACACCGUGAGAUCCAAUUCCCAAGGCUCGCUCGAGCCGCACAAAGUUGGCUUCAAGCACAACCAAGGCGGCGGCCUCCAAGGUCAAAAUCACACUCAAGGUAACUUCACUCCCCAGCAGCGGUUUGUUCCCCAGGGUCACAACACGACACCGGGCUUCAGGAACCAGCAGCAGUACACCCGUAACACCUGGCGGCGCAGGAAGAGGGACAAUCUUCCUGUUGUUACCCAGAGCAGAUGAAAGACAUGCAUGACUUUGACUGGCACUGGGUUUUUUGAAGGCCUCACUUAGCCCCAACAUGAGUCUUGGGUGUUGAAGAAACUGUGAAACAUUCAUGAUACACCUGUUUUUUUUCGUUGGAGGCUCUGAAAAACGCACCUACUUUUGUCCUGGAAUUCACAAGUCAAUUGAAGUUGUCUCCAAAGGUGUCGAAUGAUUGGUCUCUGCUAGCACUGUGCAAGUGAUGCUACAAAGGCUCUUGCAGGUGACGGAAGACAGCCUAAAGUCUUAACUGUGCUCAUUUUGUUACAUCGGUCUGUCUCUAAAUUUGAUGCACACCAGCGCAGACUUUGCAAGGAAUUUUCUUCUCACCAGUGUCACUCUCCAGCAGCUAAAGACCCCGACUGGUUGGCUGAAGAGUUUGGUCAAGUAUUGAGUUCCCAUGCAACUUGAACACCUUUUUAGAAAAGCAACAUCAUGUGCCAUAGUACUGAACUGGUUUAUCAAACCUGGUCUCUCUUGAAGCUUUGACUCUUAUUGGGCCUUUUUGAUCAGGUUUUGGCCUCUUCUGGUUUUUCUGAAUGCAACUCCCCUCUCGGCUAUCACCUACCAAUUGUACUCUGGACCGAAGCGAAGCACUACCUUUCUACCUAUGCAGCGCAAAGCUGACUUGAUGUUUUUGGUGUGACGGCACAAAACGGACCUUGUCUCAAAGUGCUUAAACUGUGAUGACUUGUUUGAAUGUACCAAGUGUUUUUUUGUGUGUGUGUCGGUCAUUUGUUCUCUUUUGUCACUGAGGGCUUUUCUUUUGUUCACAUUGGCACUAUUUUUGUUUUUUGUAUUGUAAACAUUGCCACCUUAUUUUAUGUUUGUUGCGUUCAUGUGCAAUAAUUGCUUUUAUUUAAUUUAUUUCACAUUUUUAGUUUUAUUUUUAGGGGUUCUCCCCACUGUAAGUUUUCUUUUUUUUUUUAAUUUCUAGACAACAUUGAUCUGUGCAAUAGAUGGAUUUAAGGGCCUUGAAGGAAUGUAUGUAUGUGUGUGUGUGUGUGUGUGUGUGUGUGUGUGUGUGCGUGUGCAGCUUUCCAGCAGAAGGGGGAGCUGUGGUAAAGCAACAUGAGAAAUGUGCCAAAAAUGACAUGAUUUACCAUUACAUUAUCACUUGAAAUUUUGCCAACUGCCUGUCCAGAUGUUUUUCCACCACUACUCGUAUUUUUUUUUUUCAGUAGUUUGAUUUUUAUUUGGGUGUAUUUACUCUUGUGGGGAAAAUACACCUUCAGCAGUGUUUACUCAUGUCAUUUCAACAAUAGUUGGUGCUACUUAUUACCAGCAAAGUGCUUUUUUUCUGCCUUAUAUCUCCUUUGAUUCUGUUAAAGCAACAGGUUAACUGCCUUCUUAAAUGACCAAAUUUGCCCUUGUGUCCUGUACGUAGCCAGCUUUCUGUUCUCCUAUUUGUUUCUAUAUGCACUGCCAGGUUUAACUUGGCUUUUAUUUUUACUUGUAGGUGUUUGCUCCGGGAGUAGACUUCCUACUGCAGUCAAUGAUUGUUAACAUUAACAUCAUGUCACAGCAUAUUUUUUUUUAAAAAUUCAAAUUUCAUAAUUAUAAAAAGGGCAAGAGGUCCUCAUAUUCUAGAGAUGUUCCUCUCCCAUAUUUAAAGUCAGUAUUUCUACAUCUUGUAAGACAAGGUUUAAUAAUUUACCAUGAUAAGACUUGAGCUGGGGAUGUCACAGAUUCACCGUUACUGGAGUUUUGGUAGAGCCAUUAACAAAACCAAAAUUAGGUAAAGGUUGUAUGUUUUAAAAGUCUGUGAUUAUUGUAACACCCUGCACACCGAUCCGAUGGACUCAACACGAUACUGUUAGCAUUAUACCCUCGUUUUCAGUGCUGCUUUUACCAAGCCGUCUGGAGGGGUGAGCGAUGUGUUUGUUACGUCAUAUUGCCACAAACCAAAUCUCCCAGCUCAAAUGUGUGUAAUUAAGGACGGGUUGUUAAUGUGUAAAUGACUGACGUAUAGAUGUAUACCUUGUUUUUUUAAGUUUUUCUAUUUUUUUAAUAAACAUUUUAAAACUCCAUU